AUGGGCGGGGGGGGGCACGCGGGCGGCUGCCCGCGAGGGCACGGAGGUCGAGGGGACGGACGCUACGGACGGGGGGCGGUGACGGCGGGCGGUGGAUCCGGAGGGACGACACGGGGGGGGCGUACCGGGGGGGCCGCGCUGGGAGACUACACGGGGGGGCACGGGGGGGUCCACGGGAGCAACGGGGCCCCGCCCCUGAUGGCCGGGGGGCUGCCGCGCUACGGGGGGCGUGGGGGGGGGGGGGGGGACGGCACGGACGACGACGUCGUAACGGGGGCCCAAACGCUACCGGCGGGGUGGCGGGGACGACGGACGGGGAUCCGCCGGAGGGGCCGGCCGGGGGGGGGACGCCGCGGGCGGGGGGGUGGACGCGGGCGGGGCGGAGGGAACGAGGUGGCCUCGGGGUGCCGGCGGAAGGCGAAUGCAGGGCGGCGACGCGGGGGCGACGGGGGUGGGGGGAACCGCCGGGGCUACUGCCGCGGGCGAGGGAAUCAACCCGCCCGUGCUUACGUGCUGGGCCUUGGAGGGUCCGCACGGGUGGGACGGUACAGGGGGGCCGGGAGGGCGAGGACGGGGCCGCCCGGGGCCGGGACGGACGGGGGGGGGGGGCGACGGGCCACGCGCGCGUGCCAGGGGGGGGCCGGCGCGGGGGAGCACGGGACGCACGGAGGCGGGCAUGGGCGGCGGGGUGGGACGGGGGGGUGGGUACGGCGGAACGACCGCGUGUACGGGGGGGCCGACGGGGUCCAGGGCGUGACGCCGACGGAGGGGGCCGCGACGGCCGGCGCAGCCGGCCGGGGACGACGACGGGGCUACGCUGGGGGAAGAGGGCGGGACGCGGGCGCGGACGGCAACCGAUGGGGGACGGGGGGGACUGGGGAGGACGCCGGGGCACGGCGGGGGGGACGCCCAGGCGGAGGGAACUGGGGGCGGGGAUACGGGACACGAGGGCCGGGCCGGGCCCGGCGCCAGCGGCCGGGCAUACACGCGACGGGGACGAGCCGGGGCGGCUGA